AUGGUCAUACAAUACUCUCCUGAGCAGCCCAAGGUACAAGGUCGUUUCUCACAGGGGUUCUCCUAUCUGACGAGGAGGAUAAAGGGCUACAUCCGCGCUGCGCGUCUUUUUCUACGACUGAACAAGCUGGAACGUACCCUCGACAUGUGCGCUAUGGCGGUUGAACGCCUGGCCGUAUCUGAGAAGACCAAGCGAGCUGAAGUCGGUGCGAUCAGGGACGAGGCACUCGCUGCCAUCGAGGAGCGCGACGCUGGCAACAUAGCUUCGACUUGUCAUAUACAUCGACUUCCCUACGAGAUACUCAGUCUCAUAUUCUUUGACGCUAUGGUGGACGACGUGUCAAUUCCUAUCACUGCCUCCCAUGUCUGCAGACGAUGGCGUGAAACCGCAUUAUCAAAUUCCUGGCUCUGGUCGACCCUCGUCCUCCAAAGGCGAAGAUCGGAGUUGAAAACAGCCAUGUGGAUGAAGCGAUCACACUCGCGAUGUGUUGAUCUUCGUAUCAGGAAUGAUUUUUUUCUCCCAGUGGAUCACCAAGAAUGGUUCAAAAAAUUGGUGCGAUUGGUGGGGCACAAUGAGCCUGCUCGGCUAGACCUGGCUAUUGGGCAGACAUUGCGGGAUAUGAUAUUCGACAACCUUCCUUCAUCAAUUGCGGACAAUCUACGGGUGCUGUGUCUCCAUGUGUACCUCAAGAAUCCACAAGGCAAGGCCGGCUUCACUCUACCGGCCUUCACCUCCCUUCGGCGACUGGAGCUGACCGGCUAUGUUCGCAUUCCCUCCGAACUCACAUGUCGUGACCUCGAAAUCCUCGUGAUUCAAUCAAUAUGGCCAUGCGGGGAGCCGGCGGCUCUGUUUCGCCGGCUUCUCUCCGACUUACCAAAGCUCCGAGUAUUGUCACUCAAGAGUCCAGUACCUGCAUCUGGAAGGGAUACUACCCCUCCUCCGGAAGACAACGAAAUAAUCGCCCUUCCGAGUCUGCAGAGCGUAGAGUUCAUCGGACCUGGUAAUUGGCUGGCCCUCGUCAAGAACAUGGACGUUCCCGCGCUGCAAAGCCUACGACUAGAUCAGUGUGUUCGGACGAGAGCGGCUGAGCUCAUGUCCACUCUGCAACCCCACUACUCAGCAAUCUCCGAGCUCUCUCUCUGCAGUACAUCACUCGACGAACAAUGGCUGCGCACCCACCUUGGAAUGUACAAGAACCUGAACAGGUUGGAGAUAUCCCGCUCUGCUGAGCUUACGAACCAUCUGGUCGAGGACCUCGCCAACCGAUCGGAUUGGCCCAACUUGCAGUAUGUCAACUUCUCCCACUGUCCGCUCAUUACGGGCAGUCCGUUGCUACGGCUCGUCCGAUCCCAUCUACCACCUCCCGACGAUUCCCCAGACAGGGGCGAUCCUCCCGAUGCCGAGGGACUACCAAACGACGUUCGGCCAAUUAAGUCCCUGAUCAUCGACGGCUGCCCUAAGAUCGAUCACGAAAUUGCCCACAAACUUCGAGCUCUCGUGCCUGACUUCAGUUGCGUCUAUUUAACCAAGGAAGCGUCCAUCAAGAGGCGGCGCGCCGAUCCGUGA